AUGGAGAAAUUUUACCCUAAGUCGAGGGAGAAGAAGUCGAGCGAGGAAGAGCGCGAACCCUUCACCGUACUUUUCAAAGACUUGGGUUGGGGAGUUUACUCACCCGAUAUAUCCAUAAGUCCUUCUCCAUUAUACAGCCGAGGGUUCUUCACCAGCCCCAUAGUCGUCGGUGUGGCCACUAGUGCCUUCCUCUUCGUGGCAGAUCUUGUUCGCAAGGUCGAUUUCUCCAUACCCGUUGAUUUCAUUCGAGCUGAAUCCUACGGCUCCAGUACUGAGUCAAAUGGCGCACCAAUCAUUUCCUUCGAUUUGAAGGUUGACAUCAACGCUCGUCACGACAUCUUGGUUGAAGACAUUGUAGAUACUGGUCAUACCUUGUCUAGAGUCUUUAAGCACUUGAAAUCAAAAGGAGCAUCCUCUGUUUCUGUAUGCACUUUCCUUGAUAAACCUUCAAGGAGAAAGGUGGAUGUUCAGUUGGUCGGUGAAGGAAAAUUCUACCGUGGAUUUGAGUGCCCAGACUACUUUGUUGUAGGUUAUGGAAUGGAUUUUGCCGAACAGUACAGAAAUUUGCCUUAUAUUGGUAUUUUGAAGCCUGAACAUUAUAAGUAA